GGCAUCAGUGAACCUGGAACCAGCGCUUGAAUAACAUGGCAGCGCCGAGCAGCAACACAUGCUGGGCUAUGGAGCGGUCUAUCCGGGAGCGGGUCCCUCCGCUGCUCACGGACCUGUACCAGUUCACCAUGGCGUACGCGUACUGGCGGGCCGGCCGGCACCAGGAGCCCGCCGUGUUCGAGCUCUUCUUCAGGGACAAUCCGUUCGGCGGCGGCUUCUCGCUGUUCGCCGGGCUGCACGACUGCCUGCUGUUCCUGCGCAGCUUCAGAUUCACACACGAAGAUGUUGAGUUCCUGCGCUCCGUGCUGCCCCCGGUGACAGACCCCGCCUUCUUCAAGUUCCUGCGGGAGCUGGACUGCUCUGCUGUCACUCUCCGCUCUGUCCCGGAGGGCGCUGUGGUGUUCGCCAGGGUGCCUCUGAUGGAGGUGUCGGGACCGCUGGCUGUGGUUCAGCUGCUGGAGACCAGUUUACUGUGUCUGGUGAACUACGCCAGUCUGGUGUGCAGUAACGCUGCCCGCUUCCGCCUGGCAGCCGGCCCCAAGAGGAAGCUGCUUGAGAUGGGCCUCAGGAGGGCUCAGGGACCAGAUGGAGGUCUGACCGCCUCACGGUACACAUACAUCGGAGGGUUUGAUCUAACCAGUAACGUUCAGGCUGGUUUCCUGUUUGGGAUCCCUGUUGCAGGGACCAUGGCGCACUCAUUUGUCACCUCUUUCACCUCCCUGGAGGAGGUCUGGCCACAAACUCUUGUGGCAGCGAACGGGGACCCCGAUCCGGUGGACAUCAUCUCACUGACGAAGGGCUGGUUGAGUCGCGUGUGCGAGCUUCUGGAAGCGCAGCCUGGAAAGAUCCGUGAGGGCGAGUUGGCUGCGUUUUUGUCCUACGCCAUCGCCUACCCUCAGAACUUCCUCCCUGUGAUCGACAGCUACAGUGUCGGCUGCAGUGGUCUAUUGAACUUCUGUGCCGUGGGCUUGGCUCUGUGUGAGCUGGGCUACCAGCCUGUCGGCGUUCGUCUGGACAGCGGCGACCUCUGCAGGCAGUCGGUGGAUGUCCGUCGUGGCUUCAGACUCUGCAGCGAGCAUUUCUCAAUCCCCGCCUUUGAUUCACUCACCAUCGUUGGGACCAAUAACAUCUACUUUUGUGAAAAAAGUGACAAUUCACUUUUUAAAUUGCACUAAAGGUCAGAGAAUGAGAUCAGCACGGUCGGUGUUGGAACACAUUUAGUCACCUGCACCAAACAGCCCUCACUGGGAUGUGUGUAUAAGCUGGUGGAGGUGAGGGGGAAUCCCAGGAUGAAGAUCAGCGAGGACCCAGAGAAAAGCACCGUCCCGGGGAGGAAAGCUGUCUACAGGCUCAUAGACGCUGAGGGCCAUCCGUUCCUGGACCUGGUGAGUCUGGCUGUGGAGUCUCCUCCAGAGGCUGGAGUUCCUCUGAGCUGUUACCCUCUGGCCUGUGAUAAGUCCUCCGUCUCAGUCACUCCAGCUCAGGUCACGUGUCUGCGUCAGGAGGCGUACUCAAAGGGACAGGUCACACACCCUCCGUGCAGUGCUGCAGAAACUAGAGCAAAGGUCCAGAGCUCCCUCCAGACUCUGCACCCUCGACACAAGAAGCUGCAGAAGCCCGACUCUUACACAGUGGCGCUAUCAGAGCAGCUACACAACCUGGUCACAGAGAUUCGAAGAGGAAGUACCAACAACAGCAACUUUCUCUUAGCCAACUAAACAUCAUUCUACAAAGCUGUUUCUCUUUUUAACUUGAACCUUUUCCAAAGUGCCUCAAACACAAAGUCUGUUUGUAGUAAUAACAGUGUUAACAGUCUCCGUCCCACCAUCCUGUAUCUGGUGUUCAGAGCUAAUGUCCAUACAUGAAGAGGGUUUAAAAACACAGAAAUCUACAAGGAACCCAGUGGGGACACUCAAGAGAAAACACCUUUUCCUAACCUCAUCAUCAUGGACUUCAUUCUGCUGGAAACAGUUACGCUCGCUAUAUCAACGAUGUGGACAUCUAAAGAAGUUAUUAAAUGGAACUGACCUUG